UUGCUACGAAACCGACGUUCACGAGGCAGCCGGUGAUCGGCGUCGAUCGAGGGCCCCGAUUCUCGCCCCCUCCCGCACGGAAGACCGGUCCCAAACCGGAUGACACCGAGGUCUGACAUGCACCCUGGUCGUGCAGUUGAUAACGCCGCCGGACCAGAUCGCCAAGAGUUUUGGCGAACGUAGGAACUGAGGAGUUCAGAUCGAGCGUCUGAAGUGAUAAAUCAAGUAUCCGGUCCCGAAUUUGGUCCAAGACUGGAUACAUCAAGGCCAAAGACAUCAUGGAGAACCCUCAGAGAUACCACGAUACCACCAUUUACAAACAACCGUCACCGUGCAGUCUGCGAAAGCUUGCAGACAUAGUCCCAGCUAGAGUCGUGCUCUACAUGCUAUCCUUCUCCGGUUUCCUGGUCUCGUUCAUGAUGAGGAUGGACAUAAACCUGACGAUGGUCGCCAUGGCUAAGUCGGUACCUCCGCCAGCGAGUAUUGACGGCAACGAGACUUCGCCGGGGAAGCCCGUCGCCCAUUGUUACAUCGCCCAGAACACGACGUGGUCAGAGGAGAACACGACGGUUGUUCCACCUCCGGAGGAACUCGGAGAAUUCGAUUGGAGUCCGGCCAUCCAAUCGGCGAUAGUUGGCUCCUUUUACUGGUGCUACAUCCUCUCCCAGAUAGUCGGAGGGGUCCUGACUCAGUACUUUGGAACCAAGACCGUCUUUGGUGGGUCGCAGCUACUCACAGCUAUUUGUAGUUUCCUGAUGCCAACCGCCGCUGACAUUCAUUACGGGGCGAUGAUCGCCCUGAGGAGCAUUCAGGGUGCGGCAAGUGGCUUGACGUGGCCUGCGAUGUACGCCAUAGUCGGACACUGGAUACCGCCGGCAGAGCGUUCUAGGUUCAUGUCAUCUUUUCAAGGGUUCAGCAUCGGCAUCGGGCUCACUUAUCCACUCUGCGGUUUUCUCAUCGCCCACUUCGGAUGGCGAGUCGUCUUCUAUACUACCGGCAGUAUCGGUGCUGGAUGGUGUGUCUUAUGGUACUUCUUUGCCUUUGACACUCCCGCCUGUCAUCCAAGGAUAUCGCCUCAAGAACGACGAUACAUCGAGGGAUGCGUUGGUGAACAAGUUGUUGGUGGAAACGAGGGAAUGCCGGUUCCUUGGAGAGCGAUUCUCACCUCUUGGCCAGCAUGGGCUAUCGGGAUAACCACAUUCGGCAGGAUAUGGGUCCAUUACGUCUUCAUAAUCCCCGGACCGGUGUACAUGAAGAGCGUCCUCGGAUUCGACAUACAGACCAACGGCAUACUGUCCGGGGUUCCGUUCCUUCUGAGCUAUCUGGCUUCCGUCGCGUUUUGCUACGUCGCCGACGUCCUCGUCACGAGACAAAUACUAUCGCUCUUGAACGUACGAAGGAUAUUCACCGCCGUUGCGCAAGUUGUUCCUGGAAUACUUUUACUGCUGGUCGGAUAUCUCGGCUGCAAUAUAGUUCUUGUUCUAUUUGUCUGGUUCGUCGCAGUGACGCUUAUCACAGCUGCUUAUGCCGGUGCCAUGGCAAACAUCGUCGACAUCGCGCCAAAUCUCGCCGGUCCAGUUCUCGCCUUUGCACAAACUAUUCACAUGUCGGCGAGUUUCUUGUCGCCGAUAGUAGCCGGCGUUAUGACCAAGGACAGUCAAUCGCUCGAGGCAUGGAGAAGAGUCUUCGGUGUCGCCGUGUGCGUUUCCAGCGGGACUUACGUCGUGUAUCAAAUAUUCGGCAGCGCUGAUAUUCAGGCGUGGAAUUAUCCCGAUCAAAAAUAUCCACAAUCCGUCAGAGAGGAUUCGCAGCCCUUGAGGGAAUCGCCCCAGAAGGAAGGUAAAAUCGUCCCGAAACGAUCCGGCUCAUCUCAGGUACAAGCCUAAAUUAAUUGAUGUAUAUAUACCUAAUAUAUACAUAAUAUUAAAUAUAGAAGUUUGUAAUGUUCA